CUGGCCAACAGGAAAACGAAGAUCACUGACUCUUGCGCGACUAGAAUUUUCACAUUCCCACGAAAAAAAAAGAAUGAAACCUGGUUUCAAUUUUAAGUGCCCUCAUGAUGAGUUUGUACACGUGCAUAGCAAGGCAAGUGAACAGAUUUUGUCUCUUGCAGAACUGGCUUUCUGCUGAACUAAAAGGCGCUAUACAUAACAGCCAUGAAUUUCACUUAUAGUCAUCUGUUUGGACCUCAUCUAGUCAGUGAGAUUGAACGCUCUCGCAUGAAAUGGGAGCGAAUGGUCAGCCAGUUAAAGAUGGCGCCCAAACCUUUUCCAAACCGUGAAAUUGCACAGCGCUCAGAAAGAGGCGACAAGAACAGAAACGUUCUCCUAACGUCGAAUACAAUGAAUCGACUUUAUUACCCUCACUAAAGAGGGAUCUCUUUCUUUGUGGAGUCUUUCGUUUUACGAUAAGAAACAACGAGAAGGUGAGAAUAAUACGUUAUCCCUUACAGAUACACUGGUAGAUGACAUUUUGUUUUUCUCAGCAGCUGUUGCUACCAAGAGAAUGUAAAGUGAUAUUGUCUUGUUGCUACUUCAUAUCCUCUCCUUAGUCCUUCGGUCCGUUCAGCCGGUAACGGGUGCAUUGUGGGAGAAUCAUGUUGUUGCUAUGCAAUCAUUUUGUUGCAAGAGAGGCGACCAGGUUACAUAGCUUAAAGAUGGCGGCAAAGCAUACGUUCUCUUAAAACAGUGAUCAGAUGCUGAUUUACAGAAGAGAUUGUCAACGAACACUAUCUUUGAUACUAGAAUUAGCAGAAUGGAUCCUCGAAUACAAGCUAUUUUAGCGAAAUACGAAAAUGAUGAGAAAGGAGAAGCCGAAAAACAUGCCGACAAGCCGGCGACCCCUGAGCCGCCGAAAACGUAUGAGCAAUGGUUGGAAAGAAGACCAGCUGGUUUACAACGAUGGCCCGAUGAUGUGGAUAUUGGAAAGGAGUUUGAAAUAUCAGUUGCUUCUGUCGGAUUAGGGAGUUUGGAAGAAAUAAUGAAAGAUUUGGGGGGUCAUGCUCCGUUGGACAUUGGCUUGAUUGAUGAGGUAAGCAAUGAAAUAGAAGAAUUGGAAAAGAAGCUUACUGUUUAUGCAAGUCAGGUUUUGACAGACAAGGAGAGACCACAGAGUAAAGCUGAGACAAUGAGCCCAGCAAUGAUGAAAGCUUUACAAACAAGUGCAGAUAUUCCUGCGGAAGUGAUAAACAAAAAGGAAAAAGCUGUAUCUUUGUAUGGCCUUGCAGAUGAACAAGCUAACAGAAUGAAAAGUGUUCAGUUCACAUCUUACCCUGGAUUUUUUCCUCAUGAAGUAACACCAUUACCAGGCCAACUGGAAGCACCUCAGCUAUUGAACAGGGUUACAAAGGCUCAACAAUUCCCUUCAAUUCUCAGGAAGAGAUGGAAGAAACUGUUUUUGUCAGAAGGAUCUGUGAUUUUGUUGCAGGAUACUUUCUGGUGGUUCUUUCUAGAAAAAUUUCAGCCUGAUUCCAAGGACGCUCAAGAUGGCUUGUUUAACCGAAUUGCUGACAGUUUUGUUGCUUUGUUCUUUGGUGUUAGUCCUGAUUUUAAGGACAGGUUCUUUCAGUAUUUUCCGGACUGCCUGGCACAAGCUGUGUACGCUGCAUACUGUGAGGUUUUCCCAAGAUCUUAUCAGUUGUUCGAUGAUGACUUUAAAAGUUUUCUUCUGAACACCAUCUCAGAAUGGGUGACAGGUACCAGGCCGCCACCCUUCUCGUGGAAGAAAUGGAACCUAAAACUUUUGGAGCCAAGCAAUAUUCGAGAACUGCAAGAUGAUAGGACUCAGUCACUCAAAGCUAACAUGUCGUUUGAUCUGGACUCAUACUUGGAUGAUUUGGACACUGUCCCCACCAGUAAGGAGAAAGCUGGGACACACACUGCUCCGUACUCCCCCUCCAGAAUGGGACUGACAAUCAUUCCAACGUUCGAUAAUGCAGAAUCACAUGAAGUCGGCCCAGGUCCCGAGUUUGAGCGCGUCGGUUUUAAUCUCCUGGGGAGGAGUCCUUUGGUAUCACAUUUCCUGCGAAUGAAAGAACUGAUGGGAAAAGAAGAGCAACCAAUUCAGGCUGUAGGACGCACUGAAAUCGCCAAAUUACCAGCUCCGGCGCCAAGUUACAAACAAGUUAUACGAGAUUGUAAAAAGACAACAAAAACGUUAAAUAAUCAUUAUCAAAGAGUCCUUGAAACAUCUGAGCAAGAGAGCUUGAAAAUCCAGAAACAGAAGCGAGCUGCGCUGGCCAAGCUUGAACGCUUAAAAAAUGAUCUUGUUUUGAAAAACCAAGACAUUAAAAUGAUCAGCGAUCGACUUCUCGACUUGAUGACGCAGCCGGAUCAUGCUACAUCCGGGUUUCCCAAAAAUGCUUUAGAGCAGUCAUCCGACGAUGACACGUGACAACCCACUCACUGAACAUAUGUGUAAUGAGAUAAUAUGUUGGCAGUGUAACUUAAAACCAUAAGUUCGCUUCGAGAAGUGUAAAUAUUCUCCCACUGAUAAGCAUCAAUAUUUUGUGGCUAGAGUUGUUAGUUGUAAUCCGUUUAAGGAUUUGAAUUACGCUUUUACACGUUUGCAUCUUUUUGUAACCCGCCUGUUGAAGAUAUGUACAGCGUUCCAUUAUUUAAAUGAUGUAAUUUUUGAAACCUUGUUUAUACACUGAAGAUGUUGAAAUAAUUGUUUUAAAAAGA